GAGAGAGAGAGAGAGAGAGAGAGAGAGAGAGAGCAGGAUCGAGGCACCGUUUAAAAGAAAGAUACAAAGGAGAGAAAGAGAGGAAGUCAGGCCCUCACCGUGACUUUUAUCUUUAAAAUUCUCCCCAAAAAAGUGUGGCUAGUCUGAUGCUGCGUGAAUGUUUCGAUUAGUGUCCUCUCUUCUACCAGAACGGGCAGUGCAGAGCCUCUCAGCUGCCUACUUCAGAGCCAACGCAUGGUACAACGUGGGGUCUGACAAGUUUCACAGCACCCAGACUACUAUCCAACACAGCACCAUGAAGAUACAGGUCCUGCCUGCACUCUCUGACAACUACAUGUACUUGUUGAUGGAUGAGAAAAGCAAAGAGGCAGCAAUAGUUGACCCAGUGGAGCCCAAGACUGUGCUGGAGGCUGUGAAGGCUGCAGGAGUGUCCCUCACCACAGUGCUUACUACACACCACCACUGGGACCAUGCUGGCGGCAACAAGGAGCUGGUCAGCACAUACGACAAGCCCCUGAAGGUGGUGGGAGGGGACGAACGUGUGGAAGGCUUGACUCAGUUAGUGGGUCACGGAGACACUCUGAACAUUGGCUCUCUCAAAGUGGAGUGUCUCUUCACCCCAUGCCACACCAAGGGUCACAUCUGCUACAACGUGACCUCCGAUGACCCAGAACACAACCCUGCGGUGUUUACUGGUGACACUCUGUUCAUCGGUGGCUGUGGCAAGUUUUUUGAGGGCGAUGGGACGCAGAUGUACCGAGCCCUCAUUGAAGUGUUGGGAGCUUUGCCAGACCAUACCUUUGUGUACUGUGGGCAUGAGUAUGCCAUCCAGAACCUCAAGUUUGGUCUGCACGUUGAGCCAAACAACACGGCCAUUCAGGAGAAGAUUGCCUGGGUGAAGAAAAGGCGUGAGGAAAACUUACCUUCUGUUCCCUCCAGCAUUGGGGAGGAGAAGCAGAUCAACCCGUUCAUGCGUGUGGGGGAGGCCAGUGUGCAGGAGCAUGUCAAGACCUCAGACCCGGUGGAGACCAUGACUGCUGUAAGGGCUGAGAAGGACAACUGGAGGCCUCCCAAAUAGACGACCUUAGACCGAGACCUCUGCCAGCUGCCAGACCAUUCUUCCUUGACCAGUGAAUGAUGGCGCAGCCAAGGAGUGAAUGAACAAUAACACCUUUCAUCAGAGGCAGAAGGUCUGGGUGCCACAAAGGUACACAUUCUUCUCUAACUAUAUAUAUAUAUAUAUAUAUAUAUAUAUAUAUAUAUAUAUAUAUAUAUAUAUAUAUAUAUAUAUAUAUAUAUAUAUAUAUAUAUAUAUAUAUAUAUAUAUAUAUAUGAAGGAUGACUGUUAAAACCUUAUAUUUUUAUCCUGUGUUCCUUUUAAUUUCACUAUAAUAUCUUUUCUGUAUGUUUUUCACUCUUAACUUCAAUCAUAAUGACUAGAACUGUUUUUAAUUCUAGAAUCUUAUAUUUUCCUCUUUUCUUCUUUUUAAUUUCACUGGGAUAUCUUUUUCUGUAAAUUUUCGCUUCAAUAACAAUGACAGAGACUUGUAUUUUGUUAAACUCAAAUAGCUUCUAUAUCUAUAUUAACUCCAAAACUUUAUAUUUUUAUCCUGUGUUACUUAUAAUUUCACCGGGAUAUCUUUUUCUUUAAGUUUUCCCUUCACUGGUAAUGACUUCUGCGUUUUUUUUUAUUUUUUGACUCAAAUAGCUUCAACAUUUGUAUUCUUUAUAGCAACUCUACGUUGGCUACUGAUGUUAUGGCUUAAGAGAAAAAUGGCUUAUAGAUAAUCACUAAGGCUUUUUGAUAUCGUGUGUGAGUUUCGGCUUUCAGCAUGCAACAUGUGGAAGUGUUGAGUCAAGGAGGUGGGCUUUGUAAUGUGCCUGUUCAUUCCUACCUUGUGUUUUGAGAAAUUGUCGGUACGUAAGUCGGUGCUACGUUUUCUGUCACAAGUUGUAAGUUUCCAUGGUGCAGGUCGCUCAGUGCUGGCUGUUCAUCGUGACAGUUGUAACCUUACAGUUGGUGUGGAUGCUUAGUAGAGAUGUGUUGUGCAGUGUUUGGUUGUAUCCUUGUAGCGAACUUGGAGGCUGAGGUUGUAAGCUGCUGCAGUUUUAUGUUUUCUUUACUUUUUUCAACUUUUUUUUAUGGGGUUCUGGCCAAGGGCAUUAACACUGGACAAAAAGAAACCCCACUGGAAAUCUGGUCCUGUAGAGAUACAAGUGUGAAAUCAAGUCUGUAAUUGCAUUGUGAAGUGUCUUGGUCUCCCUCUUGAAGGAGGAAGUGCAGAAGCAGUGAGAGUUCCAGAGUUAAUGGCAGAAAAAACCUCACUGAAAGUAUAAGUUCCUGAGAAAUGUAGUCUGAAUCAAUUCUAAAUUUGCAUUGUGAAGUGUCUUGAAGUCUCCCUCUCGAAGGAACCUUGAGUCAUAGAAAGGAAGAAGUACAGAAGCAGGCAGAGAGCUCCAUCAUUUACUAUUAGUUCACCAUUGACUUGCAGCAGGUUGUAAUAUGGAGGCAGUAGUGCAGGUUAAGUUGCUCUAGAAUCAGGUACUAGGCAUAAAUUGUAAGUUAUGGUGCCAGGUUGUAAAUUCUGAAGGUCAUAAACUUGUAGUGGAUUCAGGCUUAAGUUGCUGUCAUCCCCUUAGAAACAAACAUUUGAUAGAGAUAAGUAGAUAGAUAGGUACAAGGACAUGAGGAAAGACUUGCAGUGUUGUUAGUUAGGAUACAGUUAAAAAAGAUAACUUGAGAAAGGAGGUAUAGUGUUGUAGAUCAAAAUACAACUGGAUGGACUCAGUGUUGUUGGUCAAGAUAACCUUAUAGAUCACUGCAGGAAGGCAUUACAGCAAUAUAGGGCAAGAUGCAGCUGGAUAGAGCACUGGAGGAAGGAUAUACACUGUCAGUUCAAGAUACAAAAUCUGCAGGGUAUUAAAAAAAUGUAAAUAUCUUGAAGUAUCCAAGCAUUUGUUCCCCUGUGUGGGACUUUGCUACGCUACCUAAGUGUGGAAGACUUCAUUGUUACUCUUACCAGUUUGUAGAGGCAAAGGUACACAAUCUUUUAUCUGAAGCUGAGGGAACUUGAAAAACACCAGGGAUCUAGUGUCUCACUCUGAAAUGUGAUUAUAAGGUGUUGGAAUAUCAUUGUCACUCUUUUUUGGAGUAUAAAGUGUUUGAAUAUCUGUGUUGUUUAGGUGAAGGUACACAGUCUUUUAUCUGAAGCUGAGAGAAUGAGAAAACACUUGGAAUCCAUUAUACCAUCCUGGAAUUAUGAAGAUACAGGGGCAAUCUUUUAUUUGAGACUCAGAAAACCGCAAAAAUACCAAGAGUCCAGUAUUCCUUUCUGAAAUUCCCCCUAAAAAGAUGUUCAUAUUGUUAGUCAGUUUUUGCUUAGAGGGGAAAGAUACAAAACAUUUUACCGGUAACUCUGGAUACCCUUUUUAAAACACUGGUUAUUAUGUGUGCACUGUUCUGAAAUAUGAAAAAGUGCUGAAUUGAAAAAAAAAAAAUGGUUAUCUCAAGAAUUUCAGAUAAGAGAUUGUGUGAGGUUUUCUCUUUUUAUAUAUAUUUUAUUUGUUUUUUUGGUUACAGAAAGUUGAAAAUAGAAAAAAAGUGUUAGAUCUUAAGAUUUUCAGAUAAAAGAUUGUAUUAGAACUUUAUUUUUUAUUCAUUUAUUUUUGUUUUGUUUUAGUUUUAGUUCUCUAGCCCUACCAAAUGCAAACAUGUACUCAAGAUGGCAAACAUUUUUUCUCUGUUGAAGCAUUAUAUAAAUGACAUAAAAACUGUA